AUGGCUAACGAACAUCCACAAGCAGCAAGUUUAAACUAUAAUCCGCCUGGUUUUCAACCUGUCCUUUCUGCAAUUGAAUACGCACACGCUCAAACCUUGAACGAUGUGCGUCAAUCUCAGUCUGCUCAACAACUUGAUGUCGUAACUACAGGACAAUAUUUUCAGGCAUCAGGAAAAGAGUGGGUUGAGUCUUCACAGAAAAGUCAGCCUGGUACUAAUGGUGUUGGUGGAAUAGCGCCUAGUGGUGCAAUACUAGGUAGUGGGGGAGGUGGCACUAACGCAGGUAUCAGCAACGACACGCAUGCUAAUUUAUCAGUGCAUAAUAGGAAUAUUUCUGAUAUUGGGUCUGCAACAACGGGAAUGGGCAUGAUUGGAUACAAGAACUCUUCAAAUAUUGGACAAUAUUCUUCAAUUAAAUAUCCACCUGGAUUUACAGGUGUUAGUAACAAUGGAUUAGUAAUGGGAAGUGGGGCAAAUGGGACAGAUUACCAUUACGGGGCUGGAGGAUAUGCACGCAGUAAUAGUAUAUCAGUGAUACCUCAAAAUUCACAUAAUGAGGAUGUUGCAUUAUACGGGAAUGUUUCUUUUGCAAAUCCUUUGAUUACAACUUCACAACCUCCGCGUAAUAUUAAGAAUCCAGCAGCAUCAAGUUUUGGGAUCGGAGGAGACUACAAAUCUUUUGAUCUACAAAAUCAACUCCAAACAUCUUUUAAUACUUUGCCGGAAGAGAAUCAUGAAACAGAAUGGGGCAAAAAAAUUUUACUCACUCCUACUACGCUUCCAACUCAGACCGAAAUUAAUAACUUAACCAAUGGUAUAUACGGAAACGCAACAGUGGUUUCACCGACUUCUCCCUGGGGUCCUGCAUCCUCUGCGUACGUUACUACCCCAUCAAUUAACACCAGUUUGGGCGGACUAAAUAAUUCUGGGAGUUAUUUUCCACCGCAGAUGCAACAAACUAUUCCCAGUGGAAAUGACCAAUACGUUAAUUAUAAUGUUGGUUUAUAUGGCACUAAUGUCAGAAGGCCAGCAUCGAACAAUAAUAUCCAGGGAAAUGGCAUUCAUGAGGAAAAUAAUCAUGUAAAUACAUCUGUUGCUUCUGCUAGUUCAUUACGCCGUAGAUUAGACGGAAAUGGAAGUAACGGAGGGGAUAACGUUGAUGAUGAUGGUGUAAAAGGAAGUAUGGCGUUAUAUGACAAAUCCGAUGUUGAGGACAUUAUAUUGACUUCACGUGAUUUAGGAAAAUAUGUCGCUGGUAAUGAAACAAAAAACUUUGCUAGAAAUGAAUUAAAAUUAGACAUUCGCGGUCUUCAAGGACCUACAUUAGUUGCGCCUCCACCUGGAUUAGAGAGUUAUCGAAGUCCAACUUCACCCAGAACCCUUGUUACUUCUCCUGUAAUAAAUGCCGAGCAUAUCGAACAUUAUUUUAGUCCUACAUUGGCAGCUCUUACCUCACCAACAUUAACUAGUGUAGCUGUUGCUAAUCAGAACAUUUUACUUGGUGGUGAUUUAUCAUCUAAAGUUCAGAAUAAUCAAUCACUUGGACUCGUGGAUGUUACCGACAUAUCAAAUGGUUUAAAUAAUAUGAGUUUGAUGAAUUCCAAUGGAGGUGUCUCAGCUUCAGAUAUUGGUCAAGUUGCGUCAAAUGAACUGGCAGUAAUGCAUGUUACUGGUCCUCCUUCGAAUAAUAAGCAACAGACAAAGAUGUCAUGGGCUGCGAUUGCCAAAACAGCGCCAAAACCGCCUCCAGUAAAUACUUCGCCUGAAGUUUUAGGAGUUGUCCCAGGAGCUUAUAGUGCAGCCAUUUCACCUUCAACCGCUGUAUCGCCAAAUUCCUCUUUCGCGUCUAGACCAAUGUCUGCACCUACAGGUGCCUGGGCUGGUAAAGCAAAAAUUGCUGGCGUUAAUCCUGGCAAUGGGAUGAAUAAUCUAUUCCCCCCGCAACCGAACGCAGGUUUAGCGCCUGGUUCAAUGACAAUCUCCACAGCAUCGGCUUCGAAAAAAGAUAUUAUAGCUUGGGUUGCUGCGAAAGGUUAUAAUCCAAAAUCGUUUAACUGCAAGCCACCACUUGCACGUUAUUUUGUUAUUAAAUCUUAUACUGAAGAUGAUGUUCAUAAAUCCUUAAAGUAUGAUAUCUGGGCUAGCACUGAAAUUGGUAAUCGACGCUUGGAUAAAGCAUUUCGUGAAAAUGCUGAUAAAGGCCCUAUAUAUUUGUUCUUUAGCGUCAAUGCGAGUGGUCAUUUUUGCGGUAUGGCACAAAUGCUUACACCAGUGGAUUACACGACGAGCAGCAGCGUGUGGGCACAAGAUAAAUGGAAAGGUGUUUUCAAAGUUAAAUGGAUAUUCGUCAAAGAUAUUCCUAAUGCUCAAUUAAGACAUAUCAGAGUUGUAAAUAAUGAGAAUAAACCAGUCACAAAUAGUCGCGAUACUCAGGAACUCUAUACAGAACCUGGACGUGAAAUGUUAAAGAUAUUCUUUGAAUAUCGUAGUAAAACGUCCAUCCUGGACGAUUUUGAAUUUUACGACAAGCGUCAAGUUGAGAUGCGUAAAGAUGGGAUCGCCCCUUUGGUAGGACCAACCAGCCCAGGUCCGAUUACCACCAAUCCAUAUGCAAACUUGACACCGAUGACGGGAACAAUCGGAUAA